ACUGGCAAUCUGGUCCCUUCACCCCCCACACGGUGUCCCCAGGGCAGCAUCGCUGGCUGCUGUUGCAGCCCUCACCCACCCCUCAGCUGGUACUUGGCCAGUGAUACCCAGCUGACCGCCCUGGGUACGAGCCACUCGCUGCUGGAGCCUCUGUGCUGGCCCUGGGUUCACACCAGGCGCUCGGAUCCGGUGACUGAUAUCUGAAACCUACUUCCUUCAUUCAUUCUGGGCGUCUGUGGAUGUUCCUGCUUCAGGAAGUGAUUUUGUAUUCGGCCUCGGAGAAUGGAGGCAGCCGGAGAGAGCAGAGAGCAGACAGAGAAAUCGGAACCUGAAGAUUUGAAGGCAGAGAAGAAACAGCCACGAAGAUUCAUUCACUUUUCAAAUGGAGACAUCAUGGAAGAAUACAGUACUGAAGAAGAGAGUGAAGAGGAGCAGCAAGUGUCAGAGAAAGUCAAUCCUUCCACACUCUCCUGGAACCAUUUCCUGGUGUUUUGGGUGAUGAAGUUUGCAAGGAUAUCAUUAUUCACCUGUGACUUUCUUGGAGAGAAACUGGCCAAUCUGUUUGGAUUGACAUCAGCCAAGUACCAAUAUGCAGUAGAUGAAUACUACAGUGUUCAAGACCAGGAGGGAUAUGAAGAUGGAGAUGAAAUGACAAUUGUGGAGGAUGUGAAAAUGAACGAGAGACAGCAUCUUCCGCUCCAGAAUUUUCAGUAUGGUACUUUAGACACAAUGGAGCGAUCAGGAAUUGCAAGCAGUGAUGACUGCAGACACACCGUAUGUUAUGAAAAUGAAGCAAUGGAAGAUAAUGCAGAUACUAAUGAUCAGAUAAAGAUGGACAACAACUAAUGACUGAUCACUGAUUACUUCCUUUACAGACAAUUUGGUUGUAGUGUUAGAUGAACAUAUAUAUUCAGAGGUUUCCACCAGUUUUACCCUCCUCUCUCCUCUACUGAUGUCCUGAAAUAGUAGGUUAUUGUUUCAUCCCAUGCCUCAUUGUCAUCUUACAUACUGGCGCCUAAUAGUUAGUACAAGGGAAGGUGGUGGCCUAGUACUGUUAUCGCUGGACUGUAAUUCCAGAGACCCAGUUAAAUUUCUGGGGACCCAUGUUUGAAUCCCACCAUGGUAGAUGGUAGAACUUGAAUCCAAUAAAAAGAAUCUGGAAUUAAGAGUGUAAUUGGAGAAACAUAUCUGAUUCACUAAUGUCCUUUUGGAAAGAAAACUGGCAUCCUUACCUGGGCUGGCCCAGACCUGCAGCAACAGGGUUAACGUUCAACUGCCCUCUGAGUAAUUAGGGAUGGGCAAUUAAUGCUGGCCUAGCCUGCGAUGCCCCAUCUUGUGAAUGAAUGACAAACCCUGCCCCCCCCCCCCCCCCCAAUCACAGAAGGCACCACAGCUGACCAUGCACCCAAUGGGUAUAGUUGCUGGGUACAGAUUGGGAGUGGGAAAUUUGACAUCCUUUGGCAUCCUUUCCAAUACAGGAGAAGUAAAGGUCCGUAAACUGUAACUACCAUUUGUUUUGCAGCUGAGAUCAACGCAAACUUUGAGUUGGAGUGUUGCUGGUCUGUGAUGUUCAGGUGGACUCUGCACAGUUAAGGUGUCUACUGAAGGCUUGUGUGAACUGGCAGACUAUUAGCCAGCUAAUCUUCAGAAAUAACCUGGGAUACUAAUGCCAGUUAAUCAUUUUGUUUUAUGAUCAACAAAGUGUUUGACCUAAUUAGAAACUCAACUUUAAGCAGUCCACACAGAUAAGAGAUUCUGUUUUCCUGAUAUGAAAGUCAUGCUUACCCUGCUCCUCAUCAAUAACCUGCUGAUUUAUGUCCGAAACCUGAAGAACUACGUCCUGCUGAAAGGAAAUCAGCUAAACUAUGCAGCAUACCACCAAGGCCUGUAGCUUGCCUUACUUUUCCAUCCAAGGAACCCUGCAUGUGACAGUCCUGGUUUGUAUGGUUAUCUGCAAGUGAACUAUAACCAUCAACAACUUGUAUUUGUAUACUACCUUUGAUGUAAUAAAAUAGCUGAAGGGAUUUUACGAGAGUGAAAC